CACACCGGAACCAAACACCGCCACCUCCAAAUUCCGGCCAUUCCCGAUCCAAAUUCCGGCCAUUCCCGAGUGUGGCCGAGGCCCCCCAUGGGUCUCUGUUUCAGCAAGAAGAAGCAGCAAGCGAGGCGGCGGCCAGAGGAGCCGUGCAAUGAGGCCAAGAAGACCGGCGUCGGCAAGAAGGCUGGUUCCAAGGAGGUUGCGGUAGCUUCGGAGGCCAAGAGGGCGCCGCAGGCGAAGCCAGCGCCGUCCAAGAAGGCUGUUCCCAAGGCGGAGGAGCCGGCGGCAGACAAGAGGACGGUGUUCGUCGUCAAGGCUGCCGCGGCCGCGGCUGCUGCCGAGGUCGCCUCCGCAGGGAACAUCGAGGCGGAUGAGGAGGUGAAGAGGCCGGUCCAGGAAGAGGAGGCGAAAACCGUUGUCGUGAGCAGGGUGCCUGUGCGGACGUCGAGCUGCACCAAGGAGGAGGUGGAUGCCAUCCUGAUCCAGUGCGGCCGGCUCAGCCGGAGCUCGUCGUCGUCCGGGAAGGUGGCGUCGGGUGAGAGCGGCGGCGGGCACCGGAGGUACACUGGAUCUAAGAGGAGCUACGAUUUCGACCGAGAGAGGAGAGGCGCCGGCGUGGACGACGACGGCGACUGGGAGAGGCAGGGAGCCGCCGUGUACCGACCGUCGCCGCGCCGUAGGACGCCGGAGCGGAAGCGGUCGGGGAGCCAGGAGAGGAGCAGCGGAAGUGGGAGCAGGAGAGUGAGCCGGUCCCCAGGGAGGCGCGCGGACAGCGUCCCCGCGACAGGGAGCUCUGGUUGCGGCGAGCGGGCCUCGCGGCAGCAGCCGGGGAAGAUGGUGUCUGUCCCUGCCCGGGAGAAGGGGCGUGCGCCGUCACCCGUGCCGGCUGCAUCCGGGAAGAGGUACCCGUCGCCAAGAUCCAACUCCCCGGCAAGGGCGGGGGCCGCGGGGAACGAGAAUGCCGCCGUGCAGCCGACGCACGGACCGUCUCUAAGCCGGAGCUCGUCGCGGAAGGCCGAGCAGUCGCCGUACCGUCGCAACCCCAUGGCAGAGCUCGACGAGAACACGCUCGGCAGCCACCACAAUAGCAACAUCAAUGGAAGGCCUCAAAAGAAACCUACGGAUAAUGGCGGCGCGUUGCCGCAGAAGGCCGCGGAGCGGGCAAAAGAGCAGGUAGCCACCGCAAGCCGGACGGUGAAGGAGAAGCAGGAAAUCGUGGAGGAGGCCGUGGCACCAGACGCCAAAGGGAGUUCCGGGAGGAUGAAGGCGACGCACUCGGUGAGCAUCGUAGCCGACAGCGUCGUCAACCAGAAGGGCCGUUCGUCGAGGAGAUCCUCGCGCGACUUCGACAACAAUGGCAACUCGUACGCAUCCCUGCUCCUCGAGGACAUCCAGAACUACCACCAGCAGAGCACCGGCGCCGCCGUCCCGGCGCCGGCCUUCUCUCUCCCGGCUUGCGUGUCGAAGGCCUGCUCCAUCCUUGAGGCGGUCGCGGACCUCAACUCGUCAUCAUCGGAGAACAAGAGCUUCGAGCUGGAUCGGUCGGCCAACGACAAAUGCUCGGUUAAUGGGAGGUACGGCGGCGAUGGCAAGACAGCCGCCGCCGGCAGCGGCACGGUCGUCGUUGAGUCGGAGGUCGUGGUGAAGGACGACCUAAUGGAGCCGAGCCUGCACAAGUACGUCUCCGUGCGGGACAUCCGCGGCGAGACAGAGCCGCAGGAAUCCGCCGGGAGCAACAGCUUUGCCGGCAACCCGUGGACGCCGUCUUGGGAACCCGGUUCCGUCGAUUCCACAGACCGGACAUGGACGGCCUCGCAGUCCAACUAUGGCGACGAGGUAGAGCAGCUCAGCGGCGGCGCCGUCAGCCCACUGGAGCUGUCAUGGCAGAGCAAGCAGAAGCUCCCGUCACCGGAGCCUAGUGGUGGUCGUUCGAGGGCUGGUGGUCGUUCGAGGGCGGGUUCUACCGGCAAUGCUCAGCGCGGACGCAGUGCUCACCGUGGCAGCGGCGUCGGCGGCACUGUCAAUGCGCGAUCCGAUGUUCGUGCUGCUCCGGUUAGUUCUUCGAUUGCCUAACAAUAAUCAGGAGGCGAUUGUAGUCUGGUUCUUAUCCUUGUAGUGGCAAGAUAGGUUGCCGAUUCAGCGUUGAGUUUGCGUUCUCUCACUCUCUGUGGAUGAUACAUUGUUUAGGAUGUAACCGUGGCGGUGACAUUUGCAAUGUAUACUUUGUCGUUCAUUUCACUGAGCUCCGGUGAUUGAUUUCAUUGUGGUUUGGAGAUCGAUUGUUGCUCUCCUGCUAAUUUUGUCGAUCUUUGGGUGAAUAUC